AUGACUGGUCCCAACCUCCAUCUCGAUAUCACGUUGGGCUGCUUCUUUGUCGGUACUCUGUUCUCACUGAUGUAUCUUUGUGUACUCCCCCAUGGAGUCGAGUUUGAGUCUGUCGCUAGUUUCUGUGGUAUUAUCUUGUGCAACAUCACGGCAACAUUCGUGGGUAUAUGCAGCUUGUUGGCUAUUUCGGCGCUUGUAUACGUUCCGUCCGUACUAGCUUCGGAUGCAUUCAUCACAGCAACCCUGUGCUGGAUCUUGCACGGGCAACGGACAGGAUUCAGAACAACGGAGAUGCUGCUCACAAAGCUCAUAGUUUCUUCAGCAAAUCGUGGCCUCACGAACCUUCAGGAGCAAGGCGACAGACCGUCUGCCUUCCCGGCGAACGAUACUAGCUCCAGAAACACCGAUCAGGCAGAGGGAAGCGAUCGGAUUGAUGGUGAGAAUGUUGUCUGA